AACUCCUGCAGUCACCAUGAAUCGGUCCUGUAAAAUAGAUUUAGAAUAUCCUACUAGCAAUGAGAGAUACACCACUGUGGGCCUUCCAGUACUAGAUGCCACCGUCUUCAUUGUUGUCGGGUUCGGGGGCCUUUCCAUUAUCGUGGCCCUCAUACAUAAUGCCCUACAUCGCUAUUUCUUCAAGGAUCAACACAGACUGGACACCGUGUUCGAUGCGGGGGGACGGGUGACCACAAGUCUCACGGCCGUGACCGUAGCCUCCCAGGUUCUGUGGCCCGUGGAUCUGGUCCAAACAUCAGUGAUUGCUACAAAGUCUGGACUUGGAACCAUCUACUUCUAUGUGGUUGGUCUGGCUAUGAUCAUUGCUGUGUUUCCAUGCUUAACUCUCAACUUUAAGACAAAGGCCCCAGGUGCUAAAACUUAUCCACAGGUUGUUUGUGCAAGAUAUGGAAAGGCUUCUCACAUUGUAUACUGCUGCAUUGCACUAGCCACGAAUCUCAUCACAAUUACGUCCAUGAUAUUGACCGGAAAGUAUAUCCUAGAGGCCGUAAUUCCUGGAAUUUCUACGGAGUUGUCGGUCCUGAUCCUCGUCUUCUUGUUUGGUUCCUAUUGUUAUAUCGGGGGACUGGGGGCGGCUUUCUACAUCUCUUAUUUCAACACCUCCCUAAUGUGCAUCGCUCUGGCCAUUUUUUCUUGGCAGUUUCUUUCUCCGACCGAUGACCUUCCGGAAGCAGUUAGAAAUGUCACAAAUAUCAAGACGAUAUAUGAAUCAGUUCGUUGUGUGAAAGGACCUUCUCUGAAUGCUGCCGAUUCACUUUUAACUUUUCGCUCCGUUUCCGGUUUUACCUAUGGAGUUGUUGCGUUUUUCAUGGUACUUGCAUUAAAUAGUUGCGAUCAAGCUAUGUGGCAGAGCAGAAUUGCAGCCAAGCCGGAACAAGGAGUAACCGGAUUUCUCAUUGGGUGCUUCUUAUACUUCUCUAUUCCGACUUCGUUGGCUCUACCUACAUUUCUUUCUUAUGUUUCUCUAAGUUAUCAAAAUGGAUCUUACCUCUUGUCGCAGAGCGAUAUGGAUAAUGGUUUCAUAACAAAUAUUGUAAUGGAGAAAGUUUUGGAUACUAGUGGAUCAUAUUUACUUUUGAUGAUCAUCUUCAUGGCGCUGAUGGCCACUGGAUCUGGAGAAGUAAUAGCUGCAUCUUCCAUUAUAAUCUACGAUAUUUAUAAAACUUAUCUAGGUCCAUUCAGAAAGGACUGUGGUCCCACGGCCUGUCCCCUAUGCGGAGCAAUGAAAUUUUCUCUGGGUGAUAAAGAGAGGUCUUACUGUCAAUGCAUUAAUUCAGCAGAGUGCUCGAAAUGUGUUGCUGAUGUUGAAUUGUGCACCUCGGGCCGUCCAGAAUAUCAGCUCCAUUACCAAUGCCCAAUCCAUGGCGAAUAUCGUCAUUAUGAGGACAUGUUGAAGGAGUAUAAAGGCUGGACAAUCAUGUGGAUCUCCUUAGCACUUAUACCUUACGGUAUAAUUAUAGCAAACCUCGAUCUCAAUUUAACUUGGGUAUUCUUUGUCUUUGAGUGUCUUUUGACCCCGUUUAUAUCACCUCUGGUAUUGACGUUCACUUGGUCAAAAUGCACCUCAAAAGGAUUGAUUUCGGGAGCUAUUUCAGGCUUGAUUGCGUCGAUAGCUGCUCUCCUUAUUGUGGCUGAGGUGGCUUAUGAUGCGGGAUUGAGCGAUUUCUUUGUUACAACUUCCUCUGACUACAGUUUGCUCGGGGCAUGCAUUGCCGGACUUGUAGUUAGUACCUUGGUGACAAUAAUUGUUUCCUUUGCAACUCAUACAAUAAAAAGCAAAGCAGAUGAAGAAAAGGAAUGGGCGAAAAUGAUUUCAAUUGAUAAUCCUAUCAACUCAUGGAAGAUGUUGUACGAAGAGGAACUCGAGAACUUUGAAAUUCCCAAAGAUCGAGACGUGACGGUCUCAGAUAUGCAGAUGAUUUUCCGGAAGGCCAAGAAAUUGGCGUUUUUCGGAGCACUAGUUUGUGGAAUUGUGCAGGUAAUUUUAAUACCAGGGAUCAUGCUUGCUUUCGAGGAGUUGUCGGCAGACCAGCUCUACAGCUGGAUGUUGUUCUUUUUCGUCGCAUUGGUUAUUGCAACAACUUACUCUGUUGUCGCUCCACCUGUUGAAGAAAUCAUUAAGGUGUUUACGUUAAAGAGGAAAAACGAAAGACGACCAUUCUUAUCUAAAAGCCCUAAUGAUACCGGCAAGUUUACGGCUUCCAGUAGACUAUAAUAAUUGUGUUUAUAAAAAAAAAAUCUUGGAAUCUUAAGGCGAUUAUGAUGAAACACUAUUAUACAUGUAAAACAAUAUGAUAUAUUACAAUACUGAGA